AAUGUUUGUUAUACACGGAAUGAAAUCGAAGUGGCAUUCAAAGGUUACGGAGGAAGACCAGUGAACAUCGACCCGUCCAGCCUCUCCCCUCGAGACAGGGAGAGAUAUGAGGCGGGGUACAAACUGCACCACCUCAACCAGUUCGUUAGUGACAUGAUUCCACUUCGCCGGACAUUAAGUAAUGUGGUACAGCCCAAAUGUCUGGAACGAACAUAUGACACUGAUUCUCUUCACUCUACUGGUGUCGUGAUCAUAUUCCACAACGAAGCUUGGAGCGUGUUGCUUCGGACCGUGCACAGUAUCCUUGACAACACGCCCAGUCGUCUGCUCUCUGACGUCAUUCUGGUGGAUGAUGCGUCCACACUUCCUGACCUGGGCAGGCCGUUGGAUGACUACGUCCUUCUCCUGGACAAGGUGAAGGUUGUUAGGAUGAGCGCUCGAGUCGGCCUGAUGGUGUCCAGAAACAAGGGCUGUCUGGCGGUCACGGGGCGGGUCUGUGUCUUCCUUGACUCUCAUUGUGAGGUAGCACAGAUGUGGUUGGAACCGUUACUGGAAAGGAUCCGAGCAGACGACAGAAUCCUUGCGGUGCCUGCCACUGACUACAUCAACAGCAGCUCCUUCCAGUACACCGUGAUUCCAGGGGAUCAAGCCAUGAGAGGGGGGAUGGACCUCGAUCUGUACUUCAACUGGAUCCCCCAGUCCCAGACCGACAACCGGAGACGUGGCGAUAUGCUUAAUCCAAUGUGGUCACCGACCCACCUCGGCUGUUGUUUUGCGGUCUCCAAGGCGACGUUCCUUCACCUCGGCAUGUAUGAUCCGGAUCUCAGAAUAUGGGGAUGUGAGAACAUCGAACUCUCCUUUAAGAUUUGGAUGUGUGGUGGGCGAAUCGAAGUGGUUCCUUGUUCGCAUGUAGCGCACUUGUUCCGAUACAUGGCUCCAUGGAGCUGGGGCACCGACGACCCUGACCUUCUGUCUAAGAACUGCCUGAGAGUCGCCGAGGUAUGGAUGGAUGAAUACAAAGUCUUGUACCACGACAGGAUAUUUAACAGACAGAAGGAGCUAGAUUUCGGAGAUGUGUCAAAGAGGAAGGAUCUUCGAAAGUCUCUAGGGUGCAGGUCUUUUCACUGGUACGUGGAAACCGUGUAUCCAGAACUUUACAUCCCAACGGGAGGUAGUGCUUCCGGACAGAUAAGGAAUGUGAGGAUAAAGAAACUGUGCGUACAAAGUCCGGUCCACAGAACUGACUAUGGUAAACGUGUUGGCGUCGCGCAGUGCAGCAAGCAGGCGCUUAUACAGCAUUUCACGUUGACGAAAGAGCAGACGAUUCGACGCGACGAUGGCUGCCUUGACUACGACGGCAAACAGUGGCUCGUAGUGACACGCUGUACAUCGGCGGGGACGUGGAUGUAUACAGAGGACAACAACAUCGUUCACACGGCGACCGGCCGGUGUCUUGGCUUGACCAGUGGUCAGAUGUCUGUGGUAGUUGUGCGGUGUGACCACAGUGCGUGGACCAAGUGGUUGUGGGACAGAAGAACAAUUACACUUGACCACCACAACACAGACUGAAACAGACAUCUGGAUUGUUUGUUGUUUUGUUGUUGUUGGGUUUUUUUGGUUGUCAAAAUAAGUUCAAAUAAAUAUACAACUUGUCUGGAA